GCAGGCCUGUCCCGGGUCCCCGCAGGUCUGCGCGUCUGUUGUUCCCAGCACUUUGCGAGGCCUGGAAAGCAGGAGCAACCUGUCCAGAGUCCCCGCAGGACACGAAAAGAGAGGAAAUCUCAGCAUGGAAAAACUCUACAGUGAAAAUGAAGGAAAACCAGAAAAGGAGGGAAAGCCAGAAGAUGAAGUAGAGCCUGAUGACGAAGGAAAGUCAGAGGAGGAAGAAAACCCAGACGUGGAGGGGAAGCCAGAAGAGGAGGGAAAGCUGGAGGAGGAGGGAGAGCCAGAUGAUGAGGGACAACCGGAGGCUGAGGGCAAGCAGGGCAAGCAGGGCAAGCAGGGCAAGCCCGCAGCUGAGGGCAGGCCCCGGGGUGAGGGCCAGCCAGCAUCCCAGGCAAAGGCAGGGAGCGAGCCGCGGGCCGCUGAGAAGCGCCCGGCUGAAGAUUACGUGCCCCGGAAAGCAAAAAGA